GCUGCUUGCAUUGGAUUUGGUAGCGGCGACAAGAAAUAGGCACAAAAACAAUAGAAGCAGAGUGUUAUCUCUAAAUUGGUGGAGCCUCUCUGAAUUGGUUUUGCUUCAAGCCACAGCUUGGGAUGGUGGCGGAGAUGUCGAAAGGAUUGGUGGUUGGCCCUUCCCAGACCCAGGCUCAGAACCCAAUAGCCCAAUUUCAAGGCAAGUUCAAGGAGUUGGAAAAGGAGUUCAAGGCGUGGUUGGCCAAGCAGUCCUUGGCCGUCGAGGCCACCGUCGUCACCGCCACCAGUGCCGCCCAGGGUGCCGCCAUCGGCGCCUUCAUGGGCACCCUCACCAAUGACGUUUCACCCUCUUUCCCUACCCCUCCCCCUAAUGCGGCGUCUCUCAAUCCCCAAGCCAUGGCCUCCCUCAAGCAAGCCCAGGCUCUUUCAGGAGGCCCCUUGGUACAAGCACGCAAUUUUGCUAUAAUGACGGGGGUCAAUGCUGGCAUAUCUUGUGUUAUGAAAAGAAUAAGAGGGAAGGAGGACGUGCAAUCCAGUAUGGUUGCUGCUUUUGGCUCUGGAGCCAUGUUUGCCUUGGUGAGUGGCAUGGGUGGCCCAAACCAGGCAGCCAAUGUAAUCUCAUCUGGCGUCUUCUUUGCACUUGCCCAAGGUGGACUUUUCCAGCUAGGACAAAAGUUUUCUCAGCCACCAGCUGAUGAUGUGUUCUAUUCCAAAACAAGAAGCAUGUUGACCAACCUUGGGCUCCAGAAUUACGAGAAGAAUUUCAAGAAAGGGUUGUUAACAGACAACACUUUGCCUUUGCUGACUGAUAGUGCUCUUAAAGAUGUGAGAAUCCCUCCUGGACCGAGGCUCCUCAUACUCGAUCACAUCCAGAGGGACCCCGAGCUGAAAGAGAGACGAGGCAGCCACGCAUAGUUUGCUGCACAUAACCAGUUUCUUUUGCCGGGGAAGAGCUUUUGUCUGUCUUCUUCUUCAUCUUCUUUUGUUGGGUCUUUAUGCAGAAUGAUCGUUUGAUCUUUGGCUCAGGAGGCAUCCUAUUUUGUGUCCCGACUUGUGUCUGGAACCUGAUAUUGAUAAGAACUUUGGUAAGGCCGUUUGUUGUAAUUUAGUACUUUUGCUUGCAAGCAAUCUCAAUAAAUGAGGGAUUUAGAGCA